UCUCUCUCGCGCGCGGCCUGCUCUCGCACCCACCCCAUAGCAAAAGAGAGAGAAGGGAAGCACACAGAUUGAAAGGGAGUGCUGCAGUUGUGUACUCCGCUCCUCUGGCUCAAAAAGGAAAGAUGGGGAAAGCGAGGAGACAAAAGAGUCACACCCAGGCCGCGAGAGCCGCAGCAGACGCCGGCACCGCCGUCGCGAAGCAGCAGCAGCAGCAGCAGCAGCAGCAGCAGCAGCAGCAGCCUCUCCAGAUGGAUGCCAAGGCAGGGGGUGUGCUCGACGGCCUGACGAGCCUCAACGCCCUCACGAGGGAGUCGUCCUGCGCCGCCAUCGCCUCCCUUUUCGAGAAGGUCGACGGCCCGGAAGCCGGGGGCGAAUCCUGGGCCGCAGCGCAGAGGCUGAUCGCGGGCGGGCUCGUGAAGAAACUGCUGCCGCGCAUGGUCGACCGCGUGCCUGGGGUCAAGCUACAGGCCAUCGGCGCCAUGAGAAAUAUCAGCGCCGUCCGCGACCCGCGCAUGUGCGAGGUCCUCGUGCAUGACGAUUGCUUGACGCCGGUGCUCACCCUGCUCGACCGGAUGUCGACGGCGGCCGCCGCCGUUGCCGGCACCGCCGCCUCCGCACCACCACCAGGGGCAAAUACACCGAAGACCGGCAACGGCAACACGCAACAGCAGCAGCAGCAGCAGCAGCAGCAGCAGCAACCCCAGCCGGCUCUGGUGAUGACCGCGGAGGAAGAAGCGGUCGUUGUUGCCCAGCUCGUGGCGACUCUGUGCAACUUGCUCGCGGCUGUUGAUGUCGCCGUCGGGAGGUUCACGCGACAGGGGGGUCUGCAGGUUGUCAUGCGGCUGCUGUUAGCGGAGGGUUGCCGGGGUAGCUCAGAGAUAUUCGGCGGCGCGCUGCAGGCUCUGCACGUAGCGACCGACUCCAACGAGGACCUCUCGCGCCAGCUGGCGGCCCAGCCGGGAGCCAUCGACCAGAUCUCGGCGCUCGUCCAGGGCGCGGACGUUGCCCACGUCAAGGUCUCCGCGUCGAUGCGAGUGCAGGCGGCCGGGGUGCUCGUCAACGUGGCGGGCCUGUCGUCGGGCGGCGAGGCGGCACGGAGCGCCGAAAACCAGGCGGAGCUAAUCCGGGUGGUCCUGCCGCUGCUCCUGAAGCAGAUGACCUACGACCCGACCGCGCUGCAGCAGGCGUGCGUCGCCCUGGCCCUCGAGAAGCAGCCGGCAACACCGGGACCGGCGGCGGGAAGCGCGGAGAGCAGCAUGGACGUGGACGGGGAGGCAGGAGCCGGCGCCGCCGCAGCAGCAGCCGGUGCGGCUUCCGCCGCUGCGCCAAUGCAGAUGGAAACAACUACGACCGGCGCUGCAGCGGGGGCAACAAAAGGUGGAGGACAGGAACUGGCUCAAGGGACGGAGUCCGAGAACGACGGAGCAGCAGGAAACGACUUGGAAGGCAGGGAGGAGAAGAAAGAAGGGGCGGUGGUGGACCAGCGGGACAGGGACAGGGACGCGCAGCUCCGCUGGGAGUGGAAGCUCGCCGUGGCGGAGCCGCUCAAGCUGACGGCAGAGGUCAUGACGAACCUCUGCGCCCUGGCGUCGGGGGACGGGGAAGAGGAGGAAGAGGACGAGGAGUGGGGCUCCGAUGACGAGGACGCAAUGGAGCAGGCCGCGUUCGGCGGUGCCGGGUGGCAGCAGCAGACGCGCGAGGGCACGCUCACCGCCGUUCUUCUCGAGGCCAUGGCGGAAGGCGGCGCGCUGCAGCGGACCCUCACGACCCUCCAGGCCCUCCUCGCCCCGACGCCGAGAGACCGGCAACGCCAGCAAUCAACGGUGGCGAUAAGCGGCGGCGGCGGCGGCGGUGGUGCGGCGGGAGAAGCGAUGACACCACCACCGGCGGCAACGGCCGAAGGAGCAGCAGCAGCAGCGGCGGCGAAUACGGAUGAUCGGCUUGCGCUUCCCGCGGGCGUGGCCGGUGACCUGGCGGACCUGCGCGCCACGGUGGCCCUGUGCGCGGCCAACCUCGUGCAGAACCUGCCGGCGAAGGCCCUCGGCGAGAACCCUCACGCGCUGUGGGCGGAGCUGUGCGGCAUGUGCGAGGCGGCGACGGAGCGAGCGCCGUCCUGCGUGGAAACCGUCACCGGCGUGAUGUGGGGGCUCGUGCGACGAGCCGGCCCCGUUGUCGCCGCCGGAGUCCGGGCGGCGACGGCGGCGGCAGCGGCGGCGGCAGCGGCCCCAGAAGCAGCAACACGGGCAGGAGGAGGACCCAAGCCUUCCGCGGACCCUCUACCCCUAAUCCUGCGUCUGUGCGACCCCGCGGUGACGCGUGCGUUCGAGGCGCGGGUGAACGCGGUGGGGAUGCUGGGGGCGCUGGGAUCGGCCGCGACGGGGGCGGCAGUAGCGGGAGAACGGACGGCGGCGGCGGGGGGCGCAGAUCUAGGGCUUGGUCGCGCUCUGGUGCAGGCGAUGGAGGACCCGCACGUGCUCGUGCAGGCCGAGGCCCUCAACGCCGUGAUGGACGUCUACGGAGAUGAUGGCCUGGACGCCGCCUUCCGUGCGUCGGGGGCGCCGGCGGCCCUGGCCGCGGGGGUGCCCGCGUUCCGGAGGAAGAUGAAGCAAGAGGGCAAGGCGCUGGGGAGGGACGCCAUGUGCCACCUGAAGGAGACCGCGCUCAACGCGGGCCGAUUCGUCAAGUACAAGCAGGCGUCGGAAGGGGCUUCCGCGGCGGGGGGCAAGAAGAGAGAUGGCCGAUGAUGAUGUUUUGUUUGUUUUGUUGUGCUGCGUAGUUGCACGCUCCUGCGGUGGCGUCUUUUAUUGUCUGGACGUGAAGGUUCGCCGAUUCUACACCACACCGUACUAGGCGCGCGACAUUGUCUGCUGUGUUGUGCGGUGGAGUGUGAGAUGCUUCUUGUAUGGUUUGAGUUUCGUGUCGGGACUUGAAAUGUCUUGUCGUCUGGGCUGUAGAUAUUAUAUGCAUCAGCGCUCUGGUUCUGGGUCCGGUACUCGUGUGCCCCAGUUCGGUUCAAGCCAAGAGUACAAUAAAAACCCUGGUUUUGCUGCCGUUGACGGAAGGAGAAUGCCUGUGGAAGCAUCGUGUGAACGGGCCACGGGCUUCUGCUUGCAGGCGCGGCAGGCGCGCUAGUUUUUGGCGCUAAAUGUUGUAAUUCUUCCAAGCAGAGAAGGUGGCCGGG